CGCAGCCGCAGCAGCGCGCCGCAGCGAGCCCCCUCAAUUUCCACGACCCUUCCUUUCCUCCGGGCGCGACCCGCCUCGCCCCCUCCUUCUCCUCUCCCUUCAUCAAAGCCUCGGCAUCUCUCCCUCCCAGCCCCCCAAAUCGCCCUCCCCAAAUUCCUUUCCCACCCAAACCAAACCCUCCAAACCUCAAAACCCUCGUCUCCGCCGCCGGUCCCCCUCCCCCCAUGGCUUCCGCCGCCUCGGAGGAGGCCGUCAAGGCGGCGAAGGUUCUGAUGGUCGGGGCGGGCGGCAUCGGGUGCGAGCUGCUCAAGACGCUCGCGCUCACCGGCUUCAGCGACAUCCACCUCAUUGACUUGGACACUAUUGAGGUCAGCAAUCUGAACAGGCAGUUUUUAUUUCGGAAGAGCCAUGUUGGACAAUCAAAAGCCCAUGUUGCUCGGGAUGCUGUUCUGAAAUUCAGGCCAAAGAUCAACAUAUCAUCAUAUCAUGCAAAUGUUAAGGAUGCUCAGUUCAAUGUUGAUUUUUUCAAGCAGUUUAAUGUAGUUCUGAAUGGCCUCGAUAACUUGGAUGCUCGACGGCAUGUUAAUCGUCUUUGCCUUGCUGCUGAAGUUCCUUUGGUUGAAAGUGGGACCACUGGGUUUCUAGGACAGGUCACUGUUCAUGUCAAGGGUAAAACAGAGUGCUAUGAAUGUCAGCCAAAGCCUGUCCCUAAAUCAUAUCCGGUCUGCACAAUUACGAGCACUCCAUCAAAGUUUGUUCACUGUAUUGUUUGGGCAAAGGACUUGCUUUUUGCAAAACUGUUUGGUGAUAAGAACCAAGAUAAUGACCUUAAUGUGCAUUCAAAAGAUGGCAGCAGUUCAAAAUCCGAUGUAUUUGAAAGGGAUGUUGAUGAAGAUCUUGAUCAAUAUGCUCGGAGGAUUUAUGAUCAUGUAUUUGGUUACAACAUCGAAGUUGCCUUGGAUAAUGAAGAAACUUGGAAGAAUCGAAGAAGACCAACUCCAGUAUACAUCAGAGACACAUUGCCUGAAGAAACCGUUCAGCAAAAUGGUACCUCAAGAGAGUGCAAUAAUGGACAUGAAGAACCAUCAGCUAUGGCGUCUUUAGGUUUUAGAAACCCUCAAGAGAUAUGGACUCUUGCUGACAAUUCAAGAGUGUUUUUGGAGACUUUAAAAUUAUUUUUUGAAAAAAGACAGAAGGAAAUAGGGAACUUAAUUUUUGACAAGGAUGAUCAAUUAGCUGUGGAGCUUGUUACUUCUGCAGCUAAUAUCAGAGCUCACUCUUUUGGAAUACCACUGCAUAGCCUUUUUGAAGCCAAAGGUGUUGCUGGGAACAUUGUUCAUGCUGUUGCAACAACAAAUGCUAUGAUAGCUGGUCUCAUUGUUAUUGAAGCAGUCAAAGUUCUUCAGGGUGAUUAUAAGAACUAUAGAAUGACAUAUUGCCUUGAACAUGCUAAAAGGAAGAUGCUCUUGAUGCCUGUAGAACCUUUUGAACCUAAUGAAUCAUGCUAUGUCUGCUCUGAGACCCCUCUUCUGUUGGAUGUUAACACAAAGACAACAAAGCUUAGGGAGGUUAUUGACAAGAUUAUAAAAAGCAAACUUGGAAUGAACCUCCCUCUGGUAAUGAUUGGCUCCACACUUGUUUUUGAGGAUGGUGAUGGCUUAGAGGAAGAUGAGGCGGCAAACUAUGCUCUAAACCUCGAAAAGGUCUUGGCUGAACUUCCAGCUCCAGUUAUUAACGGUACAAAGCUUACAGUUGAAGAUUUCCAGCAGGAGUUAUCAUGCAGCAUCAACAUCAAGCACAGGGAAGAGUUUGAUGAGGAAAAAGAGCCGGAUGGAAUGGUUCUAUCUGGAUGGUCUGCUCCGGUGGAGAAGCAAGUUACCAGUAAUGGGGGCAAAUUGGCAGCUUCUUCAUCCAGUGCACAUGACACUGUCGGUGAUGCAUCAGCAAAUCCUGGAACAAAGCGCAAGCUGGAUGAAGUACUAGAAUCAAAGGAAAAUUGUGAUGCAUCCAGUAGUGCUCAAGUUAUUGAAGACGACGACGAUACUAUUAUGCUUGAUGAGGACCCAACAUUACUCAAGAAAAAGAGAUCGCAAUAGUCUCUUCCAUACAUAACAGCUGUUGAUUCCCACUGUCAUGGCUAACACAUUGUUCCAAGGUAGCAUCUUUGGUAACUUAUCUGCGUGGUGAUGUUAGGCUGAUGAUAUUGAGCCACGAGUGACUUGUAUACCCAGGGGGCAUUUUUUGGCUGUUAGAAUGUAAUUUGUAGUUUGUAGGCACAGGAGCAACUAAUGCCCUGCUGACAGUCAGAUGUAAGGGUGCACUUGUGUUUCUCGAGAAAGGAGUAAUGGUGAUGAUUUUGUUCAUUCAUUUUUCUGUAACACACCAGUAUGCCUUUAAUCGUCGUUUGGUUGUUCCA